AUGCGUCGAGCUGGGCAAAGCGCAGCUGAUACUCCGCUUCUACGAGUAUCGAGACCCGUUUCCGCAUGUUCAAGAUGUCGAGCUGCAAAAAUAAAGUGCGAUGGAAAACUACCCGCGUGCACUGCGUGCGAGAAAUCUGGACGAGUGAACGAAUGUUCGAGUGCAAAUGAUCAAUUUGCGAAAGGAAAGGAGAGGAGCUAUGUUGCGUCUCUCGAGUCCCGUGUCGAAAAGCUCGAAAAGCGCCUAGCUUAUGCUAGAUUAAGAAAAGCAUCUGUUGCGAUGCAUGAUGUGGAUGCUCCAACAGAACUACCAGAUCGGAAAGACUCUCUGGCAACCAUAAGAGCUGCGAUUCAUGGAAAAGCGGCAAGGAAGAGGGAGGCCGCUGAUGUAAACGAACUUGUUUCCGAUUUUGGAUUUCUAUCUGUCCAUGCUACUACGCGCGACUUCGAGUCCUCUACAACUAAUAUGACAUUUGCCAGAUUGAUUCUUUCGGCGGCCAAUCAUGAUGAAUUACCCGAGUCCGAGGCUUUACAAUUGCCACCAAGACCUGUGGCAACGAUAUUGAUUCAAUAUUAUCUGGAUAAUGUUUUUGCUCUGUAUCCAAUUGUUUCCGAGACUUCUCUAUUCAAUGCACUAGACAAAAUCUACCAGGACGGUAGCCAAUCGGUGACUGAUUUCGAGCAUUGGUUAUUCUACAUGGUGUUAGCUAUCUCAUCUACGGCCCAAUCUCGAAAUUAUUCGGAUUCCCAAUACAAGGAAGGUAUUUCUUGGGUUGGUCGUGCUCUUGCCUACGCUGACCAUGUUCUUAUGCCUGGUCAUGUCUCGCAAAUUCAGGCAUUGGUACUUUUCGUUCAGUAUGCGAUGCUUGAUCCAGCCCAUUUUGACAGCUGGCAAUUGAUAGGUUUUGCUUGUCGAGCAAUUGUCGAUUUAGGAUUUCAUCAGGACCCACCUAGAGAGCAACAGCCAGACAAGAAGACUUUAAAUAUGAGAAGGAGGAUAUUUUAUUGCGUUUAUUCGCUCGAUAGAUCUAUCAGCAUGGUUCACGCAAGAGCUUUUUCUUUCACGGACGACUCAUCUAGUGUCGAAUAUCCAUCCGCAUCGCCUACAUUCCCUCCAAUGGAUUAUACGGAUUCGAUAGUUGGCCCCCAUUCCAUGGAUUCUGCCCAUUUAUUAUGGCAAUUACGUCGCGCUCAAUCAAGCUGGUAUCAAGAGCUCUUUCAAUCAAGUCGAGAAUCAUUACCGCAAGGCUCAACUUAUCUCUGGAAGAUGUGCCAAGAAAUGCGAGAGUGGUCUGUCUCCUUUCCUGAUUCGCUACCGCUUGUCUUCAAGGAUUUCUUUGAUUUGGAGCUGCUUUAUAGUUACGUCUAUUGUCUUGCACCAUCGUGUCGUGUCUACGUCGUAUCAGAUUAUGCGAAGAACUUGAUCUUUGAAUAUGCCAUAGCAUAUAUGCAGAAGAUUUUCCCCAUCAGUCAGGAUCCUAUCAACAAAGCAUUCUAUACCUAUCAUGAUGCAUUACGAGUCUAUUUCAUCGGAAGCCAAUUCAUGGCUGUGUUGUCCGACAGUCAAGAUCAAAUAUUCAAUGGAUCAUACAAUACUACUGGAAUGAGCUCAUCACCACCACCGCCUCUCCCAGCAGUCAAUGGAUCCGGUCACAUUGACCGGAGCAUCAACUGUAUAAACCAUAUCAAAGAGACUUUGAGAACAUUUGGUCAACGUUGGGAGGAUUCAAAAGCUCUUCUGUCGAGUUUCGAAGCUCAAGCCGAGGCAAUUGUUGCGAGCUUGCACAGGAGGAAACAACAGCAGCUACGGUAUAUCAAAGAAGAAUCCCCCAUUGGUCAUAGUCCAAACUAUAUGCCACCGCCUGCCUAUGAUCAUAGAGCUUAUCAAAUGAAGCAUGAGUGGCCGGAUAUGAACCUGAUGUAUCCGAAUUUGGACCUCCCAGAAUUUGGUGGAGCUGGACAUGGAGCUGGACCCGGCUUGUAA